AGGUUAUGAUAAAAAAUCCAAUCCUUCCAACCAGACAGAAAUAUUAAAUUCAUCUUAUAAAUAAUUUAUAGUUAACAUGAGUACAAAAACAAAAUUAAUCGAAAAAAAUGGUACCGUAAAAUCAUCUUUGCCAUCAAUUUGGUCUAGAGCGUUCUCCUCCAAUUCAGAAUGGCCAGAUAAGGAAGAAUUUUUAGACGUGAUAUAUUGGGCUCGACAAGCCCUAGGUAUACUAUUAGGCAUAUUUUGGGGCUUAUUGCCUCUAAAAGGAUUGAUAGGACUGAUAUUAUUUGCUUUAAUAAAUGCAGGGGUGAUAUACAUUUACUGUAGUAAUUUUCAAAAUGUAGAUGAGGAUGAUUAUGGUGGUACAUGGGAAUUAACUAAAGAAGGAUUUAUGACAUCUUUUGCUGGUUUUUUGGUAACCUGGAUAAUCAUAUAUUCUGGUUUAUAUUACGAAACAGAUAGAAUAUCAGUAUAAAACAAUUAGUGUAAUCAUAAUGUCGGACUUAUAUAUACUUUGUAUUUAUUUUAUAUUGAGUUAAGGGCUCUUAUAUCCAAAACUUGCUUCAACUUGAAAACAUAAUCCACCAACAGAAAUAAAUAUGGAUAGUUUCAUUUUAAAACAUAAUGUACAUGAUUUUUCUGUUUCAUGUUUGUUAUAAUUAUACAUUAUUAGUUCUUUCAA